GGUACAUGCAUGCAUACAGUACAUGUAUACACGUUCUUUAGAGCUCGCGAGCCCGGCUGUAAUCUCAUGUAGAUGUGUGGCAAAGCAUUACAAAAGGAGGGUUUUAUGAGAUAUCAUGUUUAGAUGGUAUUCCAUGAAAUCUGUGUAAACUUUACAAACUGAGAUGAAUUAGUGAAGCCCUUGGGAUCAUCAGUUCUCCAUACCAUUAGCAAUGGGUACAGACUAUCUCCUUACUGUGCUUUGUACUAUCACCAAGGAAAGCCACAAGGCUGAGCGCCCUGUGGCUCAUCGAUUGCUCGAAGGGUGUGGACAGGAGGAAAUGUUUUCAGAGUACACCUCGGGUUGUGUGAUUUAAUUUGGGCAAUUUAGCUUUGGCGAGAUGGAGCCGACAGUGGUGCCUGUAGGAUGGAAGAGGGCCAUUGUCAAGGAGAAAGUAGUAUACAUGAGCCCCAGUGGACAGCUCUUGCAGUCGACGGAGGCCGUGCAGACCUACCUGAGCUCAGAUGGCACCUGCAAGUGUGGCCUUGAGUGCCCGAUCAUCCUUGACAAAGUCUUCAACUUUGACCCAAGGGUGUUUUGCAAGCCACGCACAGCCCAGGAGGCCAGUAACGACAAUGGCCUCACUAAUCUGUGCAAUCACAAAAGGAAAGUGGUUGCCAUGGCAACCUGGCUCGACAGUGUGGAGACUACAAAGGUGGAGGAUAAUGUCACAGCCAACAAACCUGGUCCAAGUAAAAGUAAGCCCAUCUCCAACUUCGCUACUGAGAUGCAAUUUCCAAACUUCCCAGCCUCGAACAUGCUUCCCAACUCCAUGCAUCCUGGAUCUAUGCCACAAAUGAAUCAGAUGAACCUUAUGCAUCACAUAGAUUCUAUCCCUUUUGAUGCCCACAUGCAACGCAAUACUAUUGAGGCACAACAGCAUCAGAUGCGAAUGCUCUAUGAAUUCCAUCAGCAGUUUGGAACAAACUUGAAGCAGCGUAAGCCUAAGAAUCAAGGGGAGUUCUUUGCUGGCAACCAACAGCACAUGCAGCAGCAGCAGAUGCCAUUCCCUGGACACAGUGUGCCUGGUAUGUCUCCUCCAAGGUUUGCUAAUCCAGGUAUGCCUCGUUUUUCUCAUCAGAGAUUCCCUUUUCCAGGUGAAUUCAAUCAGCAGCAGCAUCCUGGAACAAUGGCCAAUCUUCAUCCUGGUGCCAUUCCUAGAGGUAUGCCUCAAGGAAUGAUGUCUCCUCCAAUGGGCAACAUGUUUCCAAGGGCACAACAUCCACAUGCAGCGAACAAUCCACAGAUGUGCAUGCCUGGCAUGUUUGGAGAGAAUGUAUCAAUGUACAUGACUGGACCUACUAGUCCUACCUUCCCACGAAUGCGACAUCCUGGAGUCAGGCCGAAAAAGAAAAGGGCACGUAGUGCAGAUCAAGUUGAAGUGCCAACCACUUGUUCUCCUAUUCAGCAUGUACUUUGUGAAUCUGACACCAGGUCCAUGUCUGCUAGUAAUCUCCUGUCCAUCGCAGCAAGAGCCCAGUUAGCUAACAAACAACAGCAGGAAGCAGUAUGCAAGAUGCCAAACCUAGCCAGUCAAUUACUACAACUCCCCCAUGAGGAAUUGACCAAAAUGAUCAAAGCUCACCAAGAACAGGCAAAAAGAGAAUCCAGUGAGAAAUCUGAGCAAUCAUCUGUCAAUCAUGUGAUAAACCAGGUACAGGCAGGACCUACAGACAAUCCAUCUGAAAAUCCUGAGACAAGAAAAUCUAGUGUUACAGAUGUACAGGAAUCUCAAAGUGAAGUAGAUGGUGAUGGAGAGAUGAAUCAUCAAGAUAGUGAGAAAAGGACUGCUGAAAACCCACCUGAGGGAAAAGAAUCUUUAUGUGAACCACAAUGUAAGGAUGUUCCUGUGGACCAAGAGAAAUUCCAUGAUUCAGGUUCUUUUGAAACUCAUUCCUCACCAUCACAUGCAAAGUGUGUCAGUCAGACCUCAGAAAGUACUGUUGGGAGUCCAGAAACACUGGCUAAAGAAAUUGAGGGUGAAUCAACUAAGAACCAAACUAUGCCUGAAGAGCCUACAAAGUGUGAAAAGAGUGAAGAAGGCAAGGAUAGUUCUCUUGAAGUGCAAUCUAGCAAACCUAUAAGUAAUCAUCCAAUGGAACAUGUCAUAAAUGAAGAAGAGUUACACAGGUUAAAAAUGGAGCAACAAUACUACCAUGCAUUACCUGGUAAUGUGCAGCAACCACUUAGAGAUGGAUAUCCAGUUGAUAUGAUGCCAGGAGUGCCACCGAGAAUGCCAGUACCACCAGGACAUGUGGUCCCUAGAAUGCCAGGAAUACCAGAGAUUGGUCCUAUGGGUUACCCACCAGUGCCAUGGGGAGGACUCCAAAAUCCAACCUUUGCAAUGCAUGAAACAGAACUAGACUUUGCUCCAAGCAAGAAGCGGAAAAGGAAGGCUAAAAAUCAGAGGAGUGUUUCUGCAGAUGGUUUACUUGCACAUGGUGGUAUGUUGCCUCAUCGGCAAAUGCCUCAGAUGAUGCCUUUCCACAGUCCUGGGCAACCAGCUAUGUCACAGAUGGUCAUGAGGAAUCCCCACAUGAAUCCUCCUCUCCACAACCCACUACAAACUAACCAGAUUCACGAGUACACUCCUCCACCGCAUAUUCCAGGAAUGGUACGUCCUCCAUUUCCUGAUCAGCAGCUUGUCUCUGGGACACACAUGCAUGUCCCACAGCUUGAGCAACAGAAUAUCAAUAGUCUUCCCGUCAUUGUUCAAAGUGCUCUUGAAGAUGCUCAGCUGAGGAAUAUCUUGCCUCAGCUGCAACAGCAGCGACUAUACAUGAAAUCUACGGGUCCCAAGAAGGUGAAGGAUAUGCUUGCAGACUUGCGUAACUCUAAUCAGACCGCUGUCACAAGUGCAAACUCAGAUACUUCCAGUCAGGAUGUGUCGGCCAUUACUCAAACUAUCAGUGAAACUAUGAAUACGCCUUCAGGUGUUCCUGUUUCUCAAGCAGUUGGAUUAUUGGAACAGACAGUAUCCAAAGAAACAUCACAGCCAAUUAUUGAAUUAGAUCCACUGUUUUCUUUACCUAGAGACUCUGUAAAAACCCAUAAUGCUGAAGACAAUGAACCAUUAAACACUAUGCAUUGCUCCAGCAGUGCAGAUUCUUUAUCAGAUGGUCAAAAUCUCUCUGGUCUUGCAGCAUCAGAACCUACACAUGAACAGUACUCUUCAACACUAGGCGAUUUAGAAAGUGAAGAUACGCAAACGGUUGAACAUCCAGUUGAGCAGGAUCAAACUUUUGAUAAUUCCAAAGACAGUUUGAAUAAUUUAGGUGUACAUGUACGCCACGAUAAAUCAGUCAUUCACCCUGCACCAGGAGACAAUGUCGAGGAUGCUCAGUGUGUUUCAAGAGAACCAGUGAGUGAGGCAGCUGAAACAUCUGUGGAAGUUCCUAAAGAAAGUUCAGAGGCAAUUGGGAAUGCAAUUGAAAUCACUUGUUCAACUUCACCUCUUGACAAGGCACAAGAAGUACAUCAAGUCCAGGAAUCUGGGAGUCCUACCACAUCAUCCAUGCCCUCAGUUAGUGAAGAACAGGAAGUUGCUACAGCAUUGUUGUCAAUGACUGACCAACCCUUAAAGUCUCCCUUUAACAAUAUUUCUGAAACCUGCCUUCAAGAAGACAAACUUGCAAUCAAUCCAGCAGCUGAUAUAUCCCAAUGCGAAGACACAGUUAAGACAUUGGAAUCCAGCAUCCAAUUGAACAACAACGAAGGUUCCACUGUGAAAAAACAGAGCAAUGAUGAGGUGAUCUCAGUAGUCACAUAUUCACUUCCAGUGACAGGAAAAGAUGCCUCAAGUGAUCAAGUUGCACAAGUGGAAGACAGCAGUAGUAACUAUUGUACAGCAGAUGAGGUGACCAUCAACAUUGAAAGAGAUGCCAGCUCUAGUACAGAAGCAUUGCAAGACCAAAUGCUUCGUUUAGAAAACACUGAUGUGCAAGAGAUUGAAAAUACUGAUAUAGAGUUUGAUGUUACUAGAAAUUCAAAUGCCUUGCCCAUGGAAGCUGCAUGUGAAGAUAAAGCCAAAGAUUCACCCCAAUCACAAGGAGGUUGUUCCACAUUGUGUUUGAAGGUGCAUGAAUCAAUCCAAGACUCUUCUUGUGCAGAAAAUUCAGAAUUAAUCAGUCAGGCUGAUGCUGAAGAUUCUAGUAAAGGGCAUACCACUGGAAUAGAUAGUGUAAUGUCAGGAAUACAACUCAGUAGUGAAGGGGUUAAAGAGAAUACAUCACAGGUUGAAGGUCAAUGUGCAACAGAUACAGAGACUCUAGAGGGUGGAAAAGAACUUGAUUUUGAGAGAGAAAAGGAAACUGAUUCUGAACGCAAAACAACAGUGGAGAACAGUGGCUUGGAUAACCAAUUAAUAAGAACUGACCUGAAAUGUGAUAUGGAAAAUGCCAAAGAACUAUGUGAAGUAGAGGAGAAAUGUGCCAGAGUAUCAUCAGAAGAAGGUUCAGAAGGCAUUAGUAGUGAAAAUGUAGAUAGCAAUGAAAGGACUGUUGAAAGGCUGUCACCAGAGUGCAAUGUAAAUUCUAACAAUUCCAAUUCCAGUGACCAUUUAAUCCCAAGUGAAGAAGUUUGUGAUGUAGACUUAAAUUCAAAUACUAAACCUAUGGAGGCUAUAUCAGAUACAAGUGAUAGUUGUGUGGACAAUGUUGUGUGUGAUGCUAGCGUCAUUGACAUACCUGGAGAAUCAGUAAUGCAGUCCACUUGCGAGGAAUCUGUACCCAUGGAAGUUCUUGAACAGGUUCCUGUUACUUCAGGCAAAUAUGAUGUUGAUAUGCUAUCAGACCUGUGUGAAGGUAGUGAAAGUACUUCACCGCCUGCACCUUGCGGUCUUGAUAAUGAACUCAAUAUAGAGGGAGCAAAGGACAAAAUGAUGAUUGAUGCUUCUGACCAAGUGCAAGAAUCAACUGCUUUUCCAAGUGAAGGAUCUGACAAAGAUGUGUCUGAUGCUGCUGCAAGCAGUGCAGAUUUAUUGGAGGAUGUUCCAAGUAGUGAGAACAAAACUGAAUCACAAGAACGUCAGAUGCGGCCAGAUUUCAAACUAGACAACACUGCUGUCCAGGAUAUGAAACCAGAAACCAAGUGUCAGGCUAUCAAAGAUGGUGGUAGUGGUGGUGGUGGUCGAGUGGCCCUGAGGGAUUCCUCUGUGAACAACAUACAAGAGGUGGUUCCUGUUUCUGAGCUGAUCAAGAAACCAGCUGAUCUGUGUGAUAGUGUGACAUCUGCUAUGGACAGGUCAACAGAUAAUGGAAUAGUUGGAGAUGAAGCUUCUUGUUCUCCCAACCAUGAUGAAGAAUCCUCUUUCAGCCCUGAGGUUGAGACAGGAGACCUGGUCUGGGGUCAGAUCAGAGGAUACUCGUCUUGGCCAGGGAAGGUUGUCAGUGAUGCAGAGGUCAAAGGUCAAAAGAAAAAGGAAGAAGGCAAGGUUUGGGUCAUGUGGUUUGGAGAUCAUUCCUUCACCCAAGUGGAACCAACAAAACUGAAAACUCUGACAGAGGGUCUUGAAGCUCAUCACAAAGCAAGAACAAGACAUAGAACAAGACAUCGGACAUUAACAAGCAGUUUGGAGGCAGCUAUCCAGGAAGCAAUGAUGGAACUGGACAAAAAAACAGAACAGGCAAAUGAAAAGAAGAGGAAAACUGCAGCAAGAGGACGAUCACGGCUGAAAAGGCAAAAAAUCAGAUAAGAGAACGUCACAAUUUCAUUAUCUUUAAUCUUGUGAUGGCCUUAACUAGAGUAUGUGGUUUAUAGUAUUCUUAUGAAAGGAUUGAUUUUAUUAUUUAGUGUGUGAUUUUAUGAUCAAAUUUUAGGUUAUUGAUUUUUUUUCUUCUGGAAUGUCCAGGGAAUGCGUUUUUACCUGUCAGGGUCAAAGUACAUAAAUACCAUCAAGUGUUAUCUUUUAUUUGUAAAGUUAAAUUUACAAAAUAACAAAUGUAUGUGUCAUCAUUUCCAAAGAAGUGCAAAGGUUUACAGAGAAUCGUGAUGUAACAUUCUCUAUUUCACUUGGGGAGGCUAUGCAAGCAGUUUGCAUUCCUUGUUUACUGAUUUUCCAAGUCCAAGUUCUGACAAGUGAAAACUUCCAAAAA